UUUUUCCAUGUUAAUCCCAUACUUUUAAAAUUGACAAAAAGGCCCAAAUAUCCAAUCUUGAAACUGAUUGAUUUUAAAACUUUUUUGAGUGAACAAAAGAAGCUCAUAUCCAAUCUUGGCUUCCAUUUUCUUGUGGUUCACAAUGGCGAAAUCUCCGGUGGAAGUGAAACUGAUCCCGAUCGAAGCUACUCCGGAGACCUUCGCAGACUAUGGUCAAGUCAUCGAAGCCUCUCGUGAUGGUGCCUCUUUUGGUCCCGACGACGCUCAAUUAGAUCUCUCCAGAGGAACCCCACGGUUCUAUAUACUCCGGCUGGAAGGAAGAUCCUUAGGGUUUUCCAACAUCACACAUCACGCAAACGUGACACAGUGUCUAGGAUCAAUAGGAGGUCAUGUUUGGUAUCUUGGAGUAGCUAAGCCGUCUCUUAUUGAAGAUGAUGAUGGUAAUGGAAGGAGAGUAGAUGCAGUAGAAUCAAAGUCUGGCCACUUGUACAUUCCUCCGGCAGUGGAAGAGAUUCGCGUCUUCAGGAUCUCGGGACCCAAGUUUGUUAAACUGAACCGCGGUACAUGGCAUGCUGGACCCUUGUUUAGAGACAGCUCCUCCAUGGAUUUCUACAACUUAGAGCUCACCAACACAAAUGAGGUGGAUCACACGACACAUGAUUUCAAGAAGAAUAAUGGAGUCAUCUUCCGAUUUGACCCCUAAGAAUAAGAUGACACAUCGUCGUCCUUCCUAGCUCAAUCCUAUUGAGUGUGCUUCUGUUUUCCUUGUAUGUAUGUAACUACUACUGCCAAUACUGCUGUGUACACUGUACACAAAUUGGUUAUAUGCAAUAAAAUACCGGUUUAAGUUAACCAAA